GACAUGACUAAUCCUAAGCCCCUAUUUUUAAAUCUCCACAUUUGCUAGAGGAGUUUGAUUCAUUGCUCCAUAAUGCCUUAGAACAAAUUACAAAUUGCCAAAUUAAUCCUUUGUCUUUAGAAGAAAUUGCAUUACCAAUUAAAUUAGGUGGUUUAGGAAUUAGACAAUCUAAAACAUUAGCAACUCCAUGUUUUCUUGCAUCUUCAUUUGCCACCACUGACUUGGUUUCUUUAAUUUUGCCCUCGUAUGUCACUGCUUUGUCCGAUUCACUUGUGACCGAGGCGCAGGACUUGUGGAAGUCAAUUAGUUGUGAAGAACUACCUCGCAGUACAAUUACUUCUUUUCAAUCAUCCUGGGAAAGUCCAAUUUUCAAUUACGUAUCUUCACGUAUCCUGGAAUCAUCCACCACCCCAAUAAAUACUGCUAGGAUUUUGGCAUCAAGGUCAAAAGAAUCAGGUGCAUGGUUGCAAGCUUUACCAUCGAGGAAUUUAGGCACACUUUUAGACGAUAAUUCCUUCAGGAUUGCAAUAGGUUUGAGGUUAGGGUUAAAUUUAUGUUUCCCUCAUAAAUGUGUUUGCGGCGCACAAGUAGAUGAACUAGGCUUACAUGGUCUUUCAUGUAAAAAAAGUGCUGGCAGGCACUCUAGACAUACGCAAGCCAAUGACAUUAUAAAGAGAGCCUUAAUUUCUGCAGGCAUACCAAGCAUUAGGGAACCAGUAGGGUGUUGUAGGACAGAUGGAAAAAGACCGGAUGGUCUAACACUAAUACCUUACAAACAGGGACGCUCACUAAUAUGGGACUUUACAUGUACAGACACUUUUGCCCCCUCUUAUCUCUCUCACACACUUAGACAUGCUGGCACAGCAGCAAAACUAGCCGAGACCAAAAAACACAAACUGUACUCUGAACUUAAAACAAACUAUAUCUUUGUUCCGGUGGCUAUCGAGACAUCAGGAGUAUGGGGGACGGAAGGGUUGAAGUUCAUCCAAGAUGUUGGGAGGAGGAUGAAGGAUGUCACUGGACCAAUGUCGACAACUUUUCUCAUUCAACGGAUUAGUUUGGCAGUUCAACGCGGGAAUGCGGCAUCAAUCAUGGGAGCUGUCCCCAGUCAACGAGGAUUAGAAGAAUUAUUUUAUAUUUUAAAUGAUAGGUCGUUUUAUUUACAAAAAUCAUGUAAGGGGCCGAAUGGUGAUCUCGGACGCCUAUCCGGAUCAAGUAAAGGUUUUCCCAACCCACCAACAUCGGGUUUUUCCUCUACUCCCCAAGCCAACUAAGUGUAUUUCAUAGUUUAUCAAUGUUUAUGUUAAUAAUAAAUAAUACGUUAGAAACGUUAAAAAAAAAAUCCUAAGCCUACUUGUGCCAUAAAAUUAGUUGCAGUUGACAGUAGGGCAAUAAUAAUGAUGACAUUGGAAUGGAGUACAGGAAAUUAGAUAGAUUCCACAUAGCCUUACUCAUUCCUCACCUGAUAAGUUAUGUUAUCAUUGAUGUACAUUAUUAUUUACUCACUUGCAAUACUUAUUGUGCUUUUACUUUUGUAUUAAUUUUUCAUUAAUUAAUUAUUGAACUUGAACCAAAUGAGCAAGAAUAAAUUAAUAGGACAAUUUUCCAGCAUGGAAUCUGAUCUAAGCAUUAUGAUUCCUCGAGUGCGUACAAAUCCUGACAAUAAUACAUCUCUCCUCCUUCACGAAGCUGUCCGAAGAUACGAUGCAGAAUAUCUUCAAGCUUUAUUGGAAGAAAAUGGCUGCGAUGUCCAUGUCAAAGACGCUGAUGGGAAAGGGUGUCUUCACGUACUUCUAGAGGACGGAUUUAUGGGUCAUCUUAAUUCGAUCGAAAUGAUUAAUUGUCUCGACAUUCUUAUUAAUCGCCAAAUUGACUUGAACCACUCGGAUCGGUUGGGAAAUACCCCGUUAAGUUUGACUGUGAACAAUGAAUUUCAGAAGUGCACGAUGAUGCUACUAAAUUCAGGGGCUCAUUGUACUGUAAAGUUGGCGUCUAAAAUUUCUCUCUCAAUGCCGGACGUUUUAGUGGAAAUAUUGAACAGCGGAAUUUCCAUCGAAGAAGGAGAAAUGAAAGGCGAAACGUUUGUGAAAUUAGAUUGGAGGCCAAUUUUACAAUUUCCACAAACCUCCACGGGUCACACAAGUUUUAAGCAUGAACAAAAAGAAACCCAAUUUCUUUACAACCUUCUUGACGCGAAGUCGGAUGUCAGGCAGAGAUUUUUAUAUCAUCCACUCGUCAGAGCUUUUCUAUAUCUGAAGAAUUCUAAAAUGGCGAGCAGAUUUUGGAUAUUUUUCUUGAUUUCGACUCUGUAUCCCAUAUUGUACGGAGUUUUCAUAUAUUUCCUCUACUUCGAACAUUGCAAAAUCGAAUCCGACAAUGAAAAUAGUACAAUCAAUGCCAGCAGUACACAGACACGAUGUGAUAUUAACGUUACAAUUACGGUUGCGGCUGGCAUUCUUCUCUUAAUAAACGCUUCGUGGACCUUGGUUGAAGUUUACAUGCUGCUUCGAGUGGAUGUCAAAUACUUGAUAAGUUGGAGGACAUGGGUCAUUCGAGUUUCCAUUGUCGUUAUGGGUGUGACCUUAUGGCCUGGAUUGUUCUACCAAAAUGGUUAUAACAUCACGUGGCAGUAUCCGAUAGCAAGUCUCGGGAUAUUUCUUGCGUGGGUUUUGUUUCUCAUGCAAGUUGGAUUGUAUCAAGGUGUUUCAAUUUACCUUGAAAUGCUUGUCAAGAUUCUUAUAAGUGUUUUGAAAAUCAUCCUCAUGUUUCUGCCACUAUUUAUUGGAUUUUACAUGGGAUUCAAUUUACUCUUUACUGACAUGGGUAGCGUGUUUGGCUUUAUAAUGAUGACCGUUGAUGUGGGUUCUGUUGGAUACGACACAAUGUCGGACGAUGCCAAGGAACGAGCUCUCUGGUUCCAAGCUCUUGCAAAUACUUUCUGCGUCGGAUUUCUCGUCAUAAUUGUGAUCGUGUUCAUGAAUUUCUUAUUAGCCAUGUCGAUUAAAGAUGUCGAGACUCUCCGAGGCCACGGGAAGUUGGCCAGUGUUUCUCGAAUGAUUCAGAAUUUAUUCGUUAUUGACUUGCUCUACGCAAAUUCAGUUCUCGUUAAGAAAACUGACUUGAAAGAUGGGAAACAUUAUUACAAAUACAAUCCGAAAAUUUUAAAGCAGGAACUUCCAGUCGAUAUUCGAAACGAUAUUACACAACUCUUGAAGGAACGACGUUUAACAAAUCUUCGUAAGGAACGGCUUAGAAUGGAAAAUGAAAGUUUAGAAAUUAACAAUGGAAAUGAAACAACGAGAAUUCUCUUGAUGAGAAUUGCUGAAUUGGAAGAUCAAAUGGACAGUGUUGCGAAAAAAGUUGCAAAUUUUCGAGUUUGAAAUAAAAUUGAUUAUAUUUACGCAAUUAUAAAUUAAUAAGUUUGCAAGUAAUUCAUAGGUUCGACUACAAACCCAUGUCUAUCUGUAUAAGGACCAGUUGUGUAAUGCUAACUUAAUAUAUGUACAUACAAAUAUAUUCUUAAAUACCAAUAAACAAUUAAUAAUACGGCAA